AUGUUGUCAGCUCAGGCCAAGUAUCUAUCAGAUGUUUUGUUAAGGAAUCGUGGUUCUUUUGAAGCCAUUGUCUUAAAUUUAAUCCCUUCAAGGAACCGUGCGUCGGGUAGCAUCUCUCCCUGCCUUCAAGAAGUUGCAGACGUCGCUGCCACCUGUGCCUCUGAUAGGCCCGUGUCUCCGUUCCCCGUCUACGUCAGCAGCGGAACCAAAUCCUUCUGGAGGGCUAUCGGCCUUCGUCACCACAUACAGCACCACAAUGCGGAUGUGCACGUCCCUGAGCUUCUUCAAUGCCAUCACGGCCGUGUUGUAGGGUGCUAUCAGGCUCGGGAUCUGUUGCGCAACCUCGCGUACUGA